AUGGCUAACCCUGAAGUAACUUUAGUUGUGGAGAACCCAGAAGAGAAAGCUGAAGUAACUUCACUUGUGGAGAAAUCCGAAGAAAAAGCUGAAGUAAUUCCACUUGUGGAGAAAUCGGAAGAGAAAACUAAAGUUACUUCACUUGUGGAGAACCCGGAUGUAGAGCAAGGUAUUGCAAGAAAGUCAGAUUCAAAUUCAAAAAGCACAUCAUCAAUGUCGGAAAAUAGCAAAGGAACAAUCCUUUGUGUUGGAUGCUGUAUAAUAGUGGGACUUGUUGUAGCUAUUUUUGCUCUUAUAACGGGAGCAAUAGAGUCGAUUUUUUUACUUAUGGAAUUGCCGUUCCACUGGAUUUAUCCAAAGUGGAAAAAGAUAUUUGUAAUAUCAUGUGUGUUUGCUGUUUUACUGGAUCCACUGUUCCUCUACAUUCCCAUCAUCAAGGAGGACAUGAAGUGCAUACAGAUGGACAAAAGGUUGAACAAGACGGCGUUUGCACUACGAUCGGUCACAGAUUUCUCUUACUUCGUCGACAUUAUUGUUCAAUUUUAUGAAUUUCAGACGAUUUGGCUUUCAUACAUACUAAUUGACAUUUUAGCUAUUCUUCCACUCCCACAGGUAGUAAUUCUCAUUUUAUUUUCUAAAGGGAGGGGAUCUUUGAACACAAGGAAGCUUAUGAACUCCCUUGCUCUGUUGCAAUACGUGCCACGGGUGCUUCGAAUCUACUUCUCAUGUAAGGAACUUAAAGGGAGUCCAGAUGGAAAUAUUAAACUAUGGAUUAAAGGUGUACUCAAUUUCUUUUUGUACAUCCUUGCUAGUCAUGUACUUGGGGCCUUUUGGUACUUUUUUGCUAUUCAACGAAUGACAACUUGCUGGAAAAUUGCAUGUCGAACAGGCAAUAGAUGUGAAUCUAAUACUAAUUUUGUCUGCGAGGAUAAUCAGUUCAGAAAUACCACACUUUUAAAUGACUUAUGCCCCAUAAAUUCACCAAAUGUAACGCUCUUUGAUUUUGGUAUAUUUGUUGAUGUCCUUCAAUCUGGUAUAUCGGAGUCAACAAAUCAUCCACAAAAGUUCUCCAACUGUUUUUGGUGGGGUCUGCGCAAUUUGAGUUCUCUUGGCUCAAACCUCCAGCCUAGUAUCAGUACAUGGGAAAACCUCUUUGCGGCUUUUAUUUCUGUAAUUGGCUUGCUACUAUUUUUAUAUCUUAUUGGAAAUUUGCAGACAUACAUGCAGUCAGACGCUGCAAGAGUAGAGGCACGCAAGCACAAGAUUAAAUUUGAAAAGAAGUUGGACAAGAAAGGAACCGAGAUAGAAAAAUGGUUAUCCAAGAAUGUCAUCAUCCCUGAAAGUGCCAAGGAUAAUUUAAAGUCGAAGAUCAUGAAAAAGGUCAAGCAAGAACUUGAGCAAGACAGGGAUGUCGACGUGGAGAAGAUCCUCUCCAUUCUUCCCUCCGAACUUCAAACCUAUAUCAAUUCUCGUAUGAUAUGGAAAAAGCUCAAGGCAGUGCCAAAGCUUCAGUCUAUGGAUGAAGAAGUGUUAAAAGCAAUGUCCAAGCAUAUGACACUUAAGAAAUAUGCUGCAAAUAGCUACAUUAUAAAAGAGAAUGAACCACUUGGAAUGAUGUUGUUGAUCGUGGACGGAGUUGUAAAGGUUGAAAGUAGCAGUAGCAGCAAUGAAGUUUCUAGUAGGUUGCUAGAAACAGGGCAUUUCUAUGGAGAAGAACUUCUGGAUUGGGUAAAGGUUUCUUUGUUUCCUUCCUUGUUACCCCUUUCCACCAGUGCCGCUCUGGCCGUCAAUGAUGUGGAAGCCCGCCUUCUCAUGGCCAGCGACUUGUGUGCCGUAGCCGCUUUUUACUGUGAGCAUUUCAGUGAGAGCACUUUCAGGCCCCCGCCAGUCGAUGUUCGGUUUAACCGCCUAGGUCUUGCUAAUCUGCCAUAUGAAUCUACACUGCAUAUUCAAGGGUAGCUGAAUAACAAGAUUUUUGGGAUCAUUCCUGUAAAAAUCACUUAUGCUCGUAGGCGCUUUUAUUAGUAUGUAAUUAUGUGCUUCGUGAAAGAGAAGUUAGCAUGUGCUUCUCCUUUUAAAUUUUCUG